AUCCUGCCUGUACGGCGCUGGGCUGUGAGCCGGCGGGUGGCAAAUGUGAGGUGGAUGGAAACGGAGAGCGCUACUGCAAGUGGGACUCACUCUGUGGCACCUGUCCCACUGGAGCCUUCUGCAAGACCGUGCCUUCGGAAUACAACAGCGCGGCGCAGGUGCCUUACUGCACGUGCCCUCAAGGCUAUGGGCUGACCGCGACCAAGUGUGUUGCAG